AUGGCGUCGAUAUCGUUCCUUCGAACGUCAACAGAGCAGAAAUCGACACAAUAUCACGGUAAAGUAAAGUACUCUGACAAUGAACAAGAUUUGAUGAAAACGGAGUUAGAUAAACGAGUCGGUGUUCUGACUCCUGCUAAACCCAGUCAAGAUACCAAGCUAUACAGAAAACUCGUAGAUAUAAAGAAGAAAAAGAAACAAGUUGAAAAAAUCCAUGCAUGUGUUAUGGGCGCUGUAAACGCUUUUCUUGUGACUAUAGACAAGCACAAUAUUGCUGAUAAAGCCAGUCUGGACCUUGGUGAACUAAAACUAGUAUUUGAAGACAAAGAAAGUUUUACUGAUAAACAUUGUGAGAUACUGUUUGGGGAGGUGAUUUCAGCCGAGGAGGCGUUCGAGUCGCUGGAUAAAGAUGAGGAUGGACAGGUAGAUUUCCGUGAGCUUAUGGAAUUUAUCCAGAGAACUGGAAUUUGUAUGUUGGAUACCUUCCAAGGUUACAGUCGUCAAGAAAUCUCCGGUUUUUCUUCCUUCGUUGAACGUGUUCAAAAUACCAUUUUACUCAAUUUAAAACGUGUCCAUGCAAACCAUGGAGAUUAUCAACGAACUGUAGGAAUCAACACUGGACAUAUAGAAAGUGUAGAUUUCGGUAAUAUGGUUUUUGCCGAUAAGAAAUUUGUCGAAGAGAGGGGUUAUAACGCCGUGAAAGCUUUCCUUCAAUAUCACGUGAUCAAUAAAGUGAUGGUCCCGGAAGUAGAACCACGCAGAAACUAG